AUGAGCGCUCAUAGUCUGUUUGACACGCAGUUUGUCGUGCAGCAGAUCGACCCCGACGGCAAGAAGUUCGACCGGGUGUCGCGCAUCAUUGCGCAUUCGCCGACGCUCGACAUGUCGCUGUCGAUCGAUAUUGCGACGGACAUUUACCCGAUCGCGACCGGCCAGCAGCUCACCUUCCAGCUCGUCUCCUCCCUGCGCCGCGAGAAGGGCGAGGGCGAAGAGUCGCAGGCCGACCGCGAGUCGUGGCGCGUCGACAGCGGCGACGACCUGUCCGCGGACUUUGACUAUGUCAUGUACGGCAAGAUUUUCAAGUACGACGAGCGCAGCACCGAGCAGGUGACCGUCUACGGCUCCUUCGGCGGCCUGCUCAUGGCACUCACCGGGUCAUACCGCCACCUCAGCAAGAUCACCGUCGGCGCGAACGUCUACCUCCUCCUCCGCUAG